AUGACCGUGCGGUUAUGUAUGUACUUAUUGUUAGGCGUACCAUUGAUGUUUAUGAGUUGCAAAGCUCAAACUUGGACGACGGGCGAUAAUUCGACUGUGAAAGGAUGCAGCACCCACUGCGCUUUGAACGAUGACGACCUGUCGUGUUGGAAUUCUACAGCUAACUUCUUUUCCAAAGUAUUAAUUGGACAACUACGACAUUACAUUGCUGUUCAGACUGUACCUGCUUCAUCACAAGUGGACGCGUUUGAUCACUGCUAUUUGCCUUCCAAUGAUUUCGAUCGUUUUGUGAACUCCACUCACGACUACUAUUAUCGUGUAGGGCAGUGGGAUUUAGACGAGCAAGAGCAUUCGUAUGCAUUUCAAGUUCCAUCAGGGGUAGAUAUCGAUCAAUGGCAUCGUCGCCAUGGUAAACCAGAUGGUCAAGACAUGGACUCCGUUGCGGCAUCGAUUGAAGAAUCAUUCCUAAGUGAGCUUCAUCCUAAGGAUAUUCUCACAAACACAACUGUUAUUCAAAUUGCUAAAGUGCUCAGUGAUAGAAUUCGUAAUGUAUCAGAUCAUGUUAUCACAUGGGUACCACAUUUCCAAUGUCCAGUUCCAUGUGAAUACCGUUACAACAACUACAGGAACUUAUUUAUUGCCUCGAUGAUAUUAAAUGUGUGCCUUGUCCUGGCCGUCAUACCUUUUAUGGUGCGCUUGAUUCGCCAAGAGAGCACCAUGGAGGAAUCGGAUAACCUCCUGAUGCUGGCAGAUAUGGCUAAACUUGAUUAUGAAGAAAGACCGUUCAACUGGGAAUUCAAUAACCAGGAGACUGUACCUGCUUCAUCACAAGUGGACGCGUUUGAUCACUGCUAUUUGCCUUCCAAUGAUUUCGAUCGUUUUGUGAACUCCACUCACGACUACUAUUAUCGUGUAGGGCAGUGGGAUUUAGACGAGCAAGAGCAUUCGUAUGCAUUUCAAGUUCCAUCAGGGUCUGCAAAUGAAGGCUACGAGUGGAUGGCAUACGAAGACGUUGCAACAGCAUCCUCUUCUGCUCCUGAUGUGCAUGGUGUUGUCCUAAAUACCCACCACUGCCAGUGGGGAAGCUGUACGCUCAGUUUUGAGAAUUUGGAAGGACUGCAGAAACAUGCAGAGGCUCACCUAAUUUCAACCAGCAGGCAGUGUCUUUGGCGAGGAUGCAGCAAGAUGGAAAGGCGAUAUGCUCACAGGUAUCUGCUUUCCCGACACCUGAGAUCACAUACAGGCUCCACUCCAUUUGCUUGUGACCAAUGCGGGAGCCAGUUUGCAACAAGAGAAAGGAUGCGGCUACAUGUACGAGCAAUACACAUGCCAGAAGUUAAAUAUAUGUGUGAAGUGUGCGAUCGCCUGUUUAAGACGACUUCGGAGAGGCGACAUCACAUGACGCGAAUGCACAUGAGUAAGAUGCGGCUACAUGUACGAGCAAUACACAUGCCAGAAGUUAAAUAUAUGUGUGAAGUGUGCGAUCGCCUGUUUAAGACGACUUCGGAGAGGCGACAUCACAUGACGCGAAUGCAUAUGAAGGAACGUUUGGUGUGCCGACACUGUGGAGGACUGUAUUCGGGUAGAUCUGUCCUCAGUCGUCAUAUGAAAGUUUGUAAGCAGAAAUAA